AUGCCGAAGCCCGUGGCCCCCGAGGAUCUGGUGAUCCCGCCGCAGGACAACCGCAUCUGCGGCAUCAUCUGCGUGUGUCAGAUGACGGCCGUGCUGAGCAGCGUGGCGCUGGUAUAUCUCACGGUCGCCAUCUACAUGCCCACGCUGCGUGCCUUUCAGUCGGGCAUCAGCGAGGUGCCCGAAAUGUGCACCACGACGCGCGCCUGGUUCCGGGAGAACUGCGACUGGCUCACGUGCGGAGAGUGGUGCUUGAGCAAGUCAUCCGGCGCCUGCACGCAGAUCUAUGUCAACUUGCGCCACAACGGCUCCGAACUCCUCUUCACCAACUGUACGCAGACGACAAAUAAAACCUGUUACGGCAUUGACCAGGAGAACGCCAAGAAGGCCCGCUGCAUUGCGGAUGAAUGUAAGAAUCUCACCGGCACGUUUAACUGCUCCCAGGGUGAGUGCAUCAACAUCACUGACGCUUUCGAAUGCGUCUUCAACCAAAAAGGGCCCCCCACUAAGUGUUCCGGCAGAAGAGGGAAAAUAACGUGUAUAGACUUGGAAGGUUUACAGAACUGUGUCCGAGGGACUUGUGAACGUAUAUUGUCACCUUAUAACUGUGAUCGCCGCUGCCUUGACAUCCCAACCCGCAAUAAAAACGUGAUAAUUCUCAGUGGAGAUAGAGUGUAUUUAUCGCAGUGUGAACGUGCAUUUGACAAAGAGACGAACACAGAAGUGUGGUCGGAAGACGACAAAAACAUCGUCAUGGUGUCGUGUUACUUUAUUCAGAAUACCACGCUAGGGGUGGAGGCGACCGACUGCAUCAACGGGACCCUCGUGGACGACCUGCAGUACUUCGGCGACAAGACCAACUUCACGCACCUGAGCUACGUGAGCGUGACCAACACCGUGCUCAUGGACAAGAACGGCAUCGUGGCGCCGCCCGAGCAGAACCUCAUGAUCGCCAACGAGAGCAACCUGCUCAUCAACAUGGAGGGCUGCGUCAACACGCUGCGCGACGAGUGCCGCGACUUCCUGCGCGAGUACGGCAAGGACGGCACCGACCACAACGCGCGCGCGCGCUUCCCGUGCUUCUACGCGCACGACGACCCCAGCAAGGUGGUGGCGCGCUUCGACCUCGCCGGCACCUACCAGAACUUCCUCGUCGCCAGCAUCCUGCCGUCCGUGCUGUUCGUGGUGUCGUGCUUCAUGUUGGUCUUCUGCCAAAAGACAGUGGAGGUGGGCGACGACGCCAAGAUGCGCUUCAGGGGCUGCCCCAGCAAGGGUCUGUCCGCCGCCGGCUCCAGCGAGAAGGCGUCCGCCAACAACCUGGGCGACGGCGGCGGGGGCGAGCAUUCCACUCCUGCACGAGAGCCCGGCGCACCACGUGUUCCCCCUCCAGGAGCACUGAGGGCAGCAGCGGCCCAGCGCGCGCCGGCUCCCGACCCCGCCCCCGGGCGGCCCGCCCCCGCUGCACCAGCCAGCCAGCCAGCCAGCCAGGCGCAGCGGCGCCCCUCUCGGGGACGGGGACUCACGCGGGAUGCGAAUGCGACCACGACCACUUCACUCCACGGACCCAGCAGCACUUGUCACUUCGACCACGUCGACGCUGCACGCCAGUGGACACUGUUAGGCGUUACUAUUGUUACAGUUACAAGUUGUUACCAUGUGCUACUUCUAUUGCAGCGCACUGCAGACUUUGUAGGCCAGAGGGCAAGAGCGAGAGGGAGAGACCGCCGCCUCGUGCGCGAGGGGCAUGUAGAGAGGGCGCAGGCGUCGCCCGCCCGAGCGCCCGCGCGGGGCUCCUCUUUAACUGCCGAACGCGCCCCCCCACCGGCCGCCGCCAUUGACCUCGACGAGUCCAAGCAGAUCAUGGGGGCGCAGGGGCUGGGGGAGGACGGCGAGGACGGCGAGGAGGGCCUCCCGGGCGAGGAGGACGACGACUCGCAGGUCGACGGGCCGGGCGCCCUGGGCGUGGGCGUCGACCCGCCCUUCGACCUCGCGGCGCUCGUCGACAAGGCCAAGUUCUACACGUCCCUGUGCCUGGGCACCACGGCCAUCGUGUCGGUGUUCGCCUUCCUCUUCCUCAUCCCGUUCGUGGUGGACCCGGUCAUCUCGAGCAUCAUGGCCGACUUUGACCCGGAGCCCGUGACGUGCGUGGUGGUGGAGCACGUGUACGCCGAGGGGCUGCGCAACUGCUCGUGGGCGUCGUGCCGCGAGGGCUGCACGGCGUCGCCCAACCGGUGCCACCAGCUGCUCGUCAACUACAGCCGCGUGCCCUUCCGCGAGUGGCGCACCCGCCUCUUCAACACCAGCGAGCCCGUGCCCGUGGUGCCGCCGCCGCCGCCCACACAGGGCCCCACCGAAAUGCCCAAGUGGCACCUGCUGCGCCGCACCACGCGCACGCCGCUGCCCACCACGCCCACGCCCGCGCCCCCCACCCCGCGACACGGUGGAGAAGGCGAGGCGGGGGAGGAGGGCGACGAGGGCGACGGCGCGGACGAGGAGGCGGAGGACGACGAGCCCGAGGACAUGUCGCCCGCCACGCUGCCCCUCGAGUACCGCCGCCGCCUCUACGAAGUGCCCUGGGACGUCGCCGAGACCAAGUUCCUCGUCAACACCGAAGGCUGCGGGUAUCCACCCAAGGUGAACUGUACGGAGUUCGCCAAGAAGUACGGCGGGCGGCAUAUCCUGAAGCCGUUCCCGUGCUACUACAGCCGCGCCUACCCCGAGCAGGUGGUGGCGCGCUACAGCUGGGAGGAGAACCUGCGCAACCUGGUGCUGUCGCUCAUCGUGCCCAACGUGCUCUUCGGCGUGUCCGUGGGCGUGCUCAGCUACUGGUACUGCCCUUCGUGCAACCGCGGCGGCUGCGGUCGCCACAAGAAGCCCUUUAUCGAGAAGUGUGCAAAGUAUAAGAAUUAUAUCCCUCAUUUAUCUAGAAUCCGACUGAAAAAAAGUGUAUUUGGGUAUGAGACCACUAUUUUAGAAGCUUUUUCAAGAUUCUUUAAUAUAUCUCUAAAACAUCUCUUUCGUAUAAGUGGCAGAAAAUUUCGUAUGUCUCUUGUUGCAAAUCUAAUUAUUAAGAAUUCGGCUGUGGUAGUAACUGGCAAUAGACAGAAUCGUUUGGCAAGAAACAAGUUUAAAGACAGCAAAAUUACAUUGUAUGAUUUAAUAAUCAUUCACAACAAAUUAGACAACAAAUUUAUAAACCUUGAGAACAAAGACAAUAAUCAUAAUUUUCAGAGUACUACUUUUAACACUCAUCCACUGCAUUGCGAGGAAAAGCAAAACGAAGAAGAGAAGUCUCAAAACAAAAAAAGU